AUGGAUAUAUUUAGAAUUUUAAGUAGAGGUGCUAGUCUCAAUAAGAAGAAGGGUAUCACUACCGAUUAUGCAUUACCUUCAUCUACUCAAAAAUCAGCACAAAAACAUAAAGAAGAAACAUUACAUCAUCAAGUAGAAAAGGAAACUGAUUUCUUUCAUACCAGAAAGAAACAUACUGAAAAUACUCAAGACAAUAAAGAAGACAACGCCGAAGAUAAAGAAAACGAAGAAGAGGAAAUCCCACCAUUAGAAUUAGUGACUGAAGAAGAUGCUCAUAAAUUUAGAAAAUUACAUAAAUCAAAAGUUACCGGGGAUGAUAUUCCAAUUCCAAUUGGAUCAUUUCAAGAUUUAAUUGGAAGAUUUCAAAUUGAUAAGAAAUUAUUAUCAAAUUUAAUAGAAGCUGAAUUUAUAGAACCAACAUCUAUUCAAUGUGAAUCUAUACCUAUCACAUUAAACAAUCGAGAUUUAAUUGCUUGUGCUCCAACUGGGUCCGGUAAAACAUUAGCAUUUUUAAUUCCAUUAGUUCAACAAAUCUUACAAUCUAAACCUCUGGGUACUAAAAACUAUGGAAUUAGAGGAUUAAUUAUAUCACCAACUAAUGAAUUAGCAAUCCAAAUAUUCCAAACUUUAGAAACCUUAGUUCGUGGUAAGAAAUUAAACAUCGCAAUACUAUCAAAACAACUUGCGAAUAAACUCAACAACAAAAUCAUCAAAUCGGAUAAAUAUGACAUCCUAGUCACAACCCCAUUACGUCUUAUUGAUAUUGUCAAACAGGGGAAUAUCAAUCUUUCAAAAAUCGAACAAUUAAUCAUCGAUGAAGCCGAUAAAUUAUUCGAUCAUGGAUUCGUUGAACAAACUGAUGAAAUAUUGACACAUUGUACAUUACCCACCAUCCGGAAAUCGAUGUUUUCAGCCACUAUUCCAUCAGGAGUUGAAGAAUUGGCUCAUUCGAUAAUGAAGGACCCAAUUAGGGUGAUUAUUGGCCAUAAAGAAGCCGCCUCAACUACAAUUGAUCAAAAAUUGGUUUUCACGGGGAAUGAACAAGGGAAAUUAUUGGCGAUUAGACAAAUGAUCCAACAGGGGGAAUUCAAACCUCCGAUUAUUAUCUUUUUACAAUCGAUUACUAGAGCCAAAGCAUUAUUUCAUGAAUUAUUAUAUGAUAAAUUAAAUGUAGAUGUUAUUCAUGCUGAAAGAACCCCAAAACAAAGAGAAGAAGUGAUUAAGAGGUUUAAGAAUGGGGAUAUUUGGGUAUUGAUAACUACUGAUGUUUUAGCCCGUGGGGUUGAUUUCAAAGGGGUGAAUUUGGUAAUAAAUUAUGAUGUUCCUCAAAGUGCUCAAGCAUAUGUUCAUAGAAUUGGUAGAACUGGUAGAGGGGGGAAAUCAGGUAGAGCGGUUACGUUUUUCACUAAAGAGGAUGAUCAAUUGAUUAAGCCGAUUAUUAAUGUUAUGAAACAAUCAGAUUGUCAUGAUGGAUAUAGUGGAUGGAUGGAAAAUAUGGCAAAAUUAUCCAAGAAUGAAAAGAAGAAUAUCAAACAUCAUGAAAUGGAAAGAAAGAAGAUUAGUACCGUUCCAAAGGUUGUUAAACAAAAGAGAAAACAAAGACAAGAUAUGAUUGAAGCUUCCAAGAAAAGGAAACAAAUGGAGACGCAACAACAAGAAUAG